GCUAUCAUUUAUGUUCUAAAACUGGUUUUGUUGCUUUUCUACGGAUAGCUUAAAGUCCAGCAGGUGCUUAUUCUUUACAGUAGAGGAGCAGACAACCAGGGUGGCAGAAGUUUAGUUGUAGACUCACAAUGAGGAUGAAAGUCUACGUUUUUCUCAUGAUGAACUUGGCUGUUUCAUCAGCAGCCUCCAUUGGCCCAACUGAACCAGAUGUUGUGGAUCUCACUCCACUUGUGAAUGGAAGUGCUCUGGCAUGUCCUAAAACAACAGUGAACAUUUCACAACCUCCAAUGCCCAUGCAGGAUGCUGGCCCAUGCUCAUCAAGUAUUACUACCACCAUGCCACCUCCUACAACUACACAUGACAGGAUGACUACCACCAUGCCACCUCCUACAACUACAGAUGGCAGCAUUUUCGGCUUCUCCCCUGCAAUGGUGGCCUCUCCUGUCCUCAUCGUCCUGCUUGCCUUGGUGCUCUUGGUGCCUUGAUCUGCCAUUUCGUAAACAGGAUGUGAAGUUUUUCCUGACUCCUUUUGUGCAUUUAUGGCUGUAUUUAACCUCAAUAUGAUUAGUAUAGAUGGCUAAAGUGGGAAGAGAAUUUUGAUCAUGAAUGUUAAGGUGUGAGAUAUUUAGAUGAACAGUCAUCAGCAUGUAACACUUUAAGACAAAUAAUGUUUUGCAAUCGGUGGUGGGACCAUGUAUUUGUUAGCAAAGCAUCUUUUGAUUAUUUUAGAAGAUUGCAAUUUUUUUUUAAAUCUUGGUAACUUUCUUCUUCUUUUCAUUAUCAUGGAUUUUGAUGUCCUUGCAUCCUUAAAUUGCAGGUAAAGCUCCUAAUUCUAAUUAUUGUUCAAUGUUUGGGUUUUUGUGUGUGUUUGUUUUUUUUUUGUUUUUUUUUGUUUUUGUUUUGCACUGAUAUAUUUAACCAUGUGCUAGUAUGUUUUACUGUGAGUCUUGGUGCGUCAUUGCUCACAAAAGAGAAGAAAUAAAUAAAAAAAUUUAAGUAUAAA